AUGAACCGAAAGAGGCUGCAGAAGCUGACGGACACCUUAACAAAAAAUAGUAAGCAUUUUAACAAAUUUGAAGUGAAAAGACUCAUAAAACUUUUCUAUACCUUGGUGGGGGAAACAACAGAACGGCCAGGUUCAGUCACAGGACUUGAUCGCAAUGCAUUUCGGAACAUCCUGCACACAACAUUUGGAAUGACAGAUGACAUGAUCAUGGACAGAGUAUUCCGAGGUUUUGAUAAAGAUAAUGAUGGCUCUGUAAAUGUAUCAGAAUGGGUUCAUGGAUUAUCACUGUUCCUUCGAGGAUCAUUAGAAGAAAAGAUGAAAUAUUGCUUUGAAGUGUUUGAUUUGAAUGGUGAUGGCUUCAUUUCAAAAGAGGAAAUGUUUCACAUGUUGAAGAACAGCCUUCUCAAACAGCCAUCCGAGGAAGACCCCGAUGAAGGAAUUAAAGAUUUGGUUGAAAUAACACUUAAGAAAAUGGACCAUGACCAUGAUGGGAAGCUGUCUUUUGCAGACUAUGAGAAAGCUGUAAGGGAAGAGACUCUUUUGCUGGAAGCCUUUGGACCUUGCCUACCUGACCCAAAGAGCCAAAUGGAAUUUGAAGCCCAAGUAUUCAAAGACUCAAACGAAUUUCAAGAUGUGACUUCCUAAAGAAGUUGUUUUAGGUAGAAGCAAAAAGAGUGAAAGAAAUGGCAUGUUGCAGAGUGCUAUGAGC